ACGUAGACAUCAACUCCAAGCUAAGGCCCUCAGCAAAAAUAGAGUGUUCCCUCUCUGCGUCACAUGUAUCUCAUAACAUUUUUAUUUCCUUUUGCACCACACUCCACAUUACUUGUUCCACUUCUCGUAUGAUUUUGAAGUUUAUUUAUACAUCUUUCCUUUCCUGAAUUUUGACAAGUAGGUCCAAAUAGUAUUAGGUCCAAAAGGCUAUGCUCCUCAACUUUGUGAAUAACAACGAUAUUGUAAAUACUAACACGGAUAAGAUUAACGGUAGUUUAACUGAGAACAGGUGUAGCAUUGUAGAUAUUGCUAGGAAACAUGAUGGAGAUGAUGUUGAUUUGUUGAAUGGUGCAGUUGAUGAAACCAUCAACAAAUCACAGGAAAGUAGCGACAACUUGUUGAUCGACAUCAACGACACAACAAAGAUCGAUAGUCCCGUACUGAUCGAUAUCAAGAUAUCGACUCCCGAAGAAACAUCGACUAUCGAUGCAGAACAACAUAACCUCAAAAUUGAUCCCGAGUUGAGUGAAUGCAUGUCUAACAAGCAACUAAUCGAAGGUGACAGCAAUGUCUCCAAAUCUUUUUCCCUGAACGAUCCUGUCAUCCCUGUGUUCAAAGAUCCUCUGCCGCCCGCUAGCGACGACUUCGACACGUGGACAACCGUCGCCGAGGCGACAACCGAGGAUGUCGUCGAGACAAAACCCGAGGAGGUCGAUACGUCACCCGUGAUUGUCGAGGAUCUGGAAAUCAAGAAAUCCGAGGAUUUGGAAAUCAAGGAGUCCGAGGAUCUGGAAAACCAGAAAUCCGAGGAUCAGGAACUGGUGGUUGUCGAGUCGGUGACAACCACUAAGAAGACAGAGUUUGAAACAAAAUCGUCGAUCAUUGAAGCUGUUUCUUGUACCCGGGAGAUUGUGAUUAUUGAGCAGACUUCGACCACAAAUGGACCGAUAUCUGAAGAGACAAUAACUGAUGAAGCCGACGCAUCCUCUGUGUCUGUCCAGCAUGUCGUGUGCGAAACUGUUGUUGGCUCUAACAAAUCCAAAGAUGUUACUGAGUCUUCGGAAUCAGUGAUAACCGAGAAGAAGACUGUGAAAAAGAAGAAGAGCAGUGAAGGAGGAGAGACAACUGCAACUAAAACAAAGAAGACUAAGAAAACCAAAAAGUCAGAAGAGAAGGAGAAUCACAUUUCAGUUGUAAUACAUAAACCAAUCACCAAUGGCUAUUCAACAUUACCAAAUUACACAAAACAAAACUCAAACAAGUCGCUCUCUCUCUCACCAACGUCUUCACCUUCCAUCACCUUUGUCGAGGAGGAUGAUCUAUCCAACGUGUGUGUUCGCGAUUUGAAGCAGACAUAUUGUAGUGAGGCAGCCAAAACUUUGUCAAAAGUAACUAAACCCUGUGAAGAACCUGUGACUGCUCCUGUGCCCAUAAAAGAACUGAGGAGGAGCUUUGGAGAUUUGCACAAGGCGUGCGAAAAUGCGGAGCUCACUACUCCCGAACCACCCGCCAUUAAUAACUCACAGAAAGCUCGCUCGCUGGGUGAUUUGCGCCGCCUGUCUGAGGUGCCUGCAAAACUGUCUAUCCAUACCGGGGUCUCGGUCAAAGCUUUGGCGGCUAGCUAUUGGAGCUUGGUAAAUCAUGAAAGUUCAGCGCCUUCCACUCGUAAUUCUAUGACUCUUCCUUCAAGAUCCUCCUCAUCUUCUAGCUCGAAAUCAAGCUUCAGCAAAUUCGACCAGCUGCAGAAGAAGACUUUGCUGCAUGUCCGGUCUUCCGACUCUUCCAGAGCUCAAAAAACUUUUGGGGGAGCCGGAGAGCCAGCCGCGUCGCCAACGGUGAACCCACCAUGCAAGUCGUGCGGCAAAACUGUGUUCGCCAUGGAGCAGGUGAAGGCCGAACGAUCUGUCUGGCACAAGAACUGCUUCCGAUGCCAAGAAUGCAACAAACAGCUUACACUUGAUAUCUACAGCAGCCAUGAAGGAGUCCUGUACUGCAAGCCACACUUCCGCGAGCUUUUCAAGCCGAAAGCUGUGGUAGAGAAUGAAGAUGAACCAGUUGUUCGUCGAAGACCUGAGAUGAUCAUUCGUGAAAAUCAGCCCCUAGAGCUCCCCCCCGAUGUGGUGCGAGCAAGUGACAAGCCGGAUUUGGGUCUGGAGGAGCUGAACAGUUUGAACGUGAAGUCGCGUUUCCAGGCAUUUGAGAAGCCGACAACUGAGAACGGCCAUGACAGUCAGCCUUCCAGUGUCAAUGUCAAGAGAUCGCCCAGCAUACUCAGCAAAUUGGCCAAAUUCCAGAAGAAAGGCAUGGACAUUGGAGUGACAGACGAGUCUCUGAAUGGAAUCGACUAUGAGGAGAGCUCCAGCUCCGGAGAGGAGGAAGAUGGUAAAACAGCUGUUCGCAAAGACGGUGUAGUGCGUAGCACGAAGGCUAUCGAGCGUCCUACCGCGUUCGGAAAGAUGGAGGACGUAAAACGCUCUUGGGAGAGCGGUCAGGCACAGACAAAAGAGGAAUGGCUGGAGGAACGCAAACGCGAGAAGCAUUCUAUUCGUUCGCGUCUUUUCAUGGGCAAACAGGGCAAAAUGAAGGAGAUGUACGAGCAGGCGGUGGCAGAGAGCGAGGGUGGAAAGGGGAGCAGUGGCCUCUCGAAGAAAGAGGUGGAGUCACUGAGGAGCGACAAGGCGCGCACCGUCAGGGAGAAGUUUGAGCGCGGAGAGGUGGUCCACUCUGACUCGGAUGAAGAGAGCGACAAGCACAAACACAAUGGCACCGAGGAUAUGAGUGUGUUCGAGGAAGGAAUAUCGAAGAAAUCGAGAAGCUUAUUCUUGGAAAUGGAUGCAAAUGUAGCGAAAACUAAGCAGUCGACUCCAGUUCCAACUCCUCAGCCAGUGCAACAUCAGAACAGCCUUGAAGCCACACGCAGGGCUCGAGAUGUAUAUAUCAGUAGAGGACAAGUGUCAACAGAGGAUGUAGUGAAGUCCAGCGACAGAGUUGAAGACGUGACUGUACAAACAGCUGACGUCUCCAAUAAGUUCAAAUUUUUCGAAACCUACAAACCACCAGAGAAAGAGAAAAAGUCUUUCCGUUUCACUCCUCCCCGUGAGGGCCAAGUCAAGACUGAGUCUCCAGAUCGCGAGAUCUACCGCGACCCGAAUGUGGUGCGAAGCGACGACCCGGUGGCCGAGGAUGAGGCGGUGGUGAAGCGCAGCCAGACCACCUCCAAGAUGCUCUCCAUCUUCCGGCAAAUGGAGGAAGCCAGGGAGCCUGUGCCCGAGGGCCUCAAGCCGCUCAAGCGCUUCACGCCUCCUCCCGACUACAAGGAGGACGAGGACGAUGAGGAGGAGGAAGAGGAGGAGGAGGAGGAGAGUGAGGAGGAAGAGGAGGAGGAAAGUGAGGAAGAGGAGAACAACGGAAUUGUACGCGCGUCUGACAAGAUUGAGGAUGAGUUUUUGAAACAGGCUCAGAACGCGGCCAGAGCCAAAUCGCUGAAGGAAAAAUUCGAGCACUGGGAACCGGAGAAGCAGUCUAAGAACAACGCCAUAAACAUGUUAGACUCCGACCAGGCGAGUCUAGACUCGACCAAGUCUCUGCGCGCGCACUUUGAAUCACUCAAGUCUGAACAGCCCAAGGAAAAGUCAAGGCCAAAAGUGAAUCGCUUUGUGGACCCAGCGCAGUCAAUGAGCGUGUGUGCAGCUUGUGAUACAAAAGUCUACAUUCUCGAGCGAGUCGAGACCAACGGAAAAGUUUUCCACAAGAAAUGCUUCCGCUGUACUCAAUGCAGCUGCGUUCUCAGGAUGGAGACCUACACGCUGAAUAAUGGCCAACUGUAUUGUCUUCCACAUUUCAAGCAGUUAUUUAUUGUGAAAGGAAACUACGACGAAGGAUUUGGCUCUGAUCAACAUAAGAGGAAGUGGGAAGCCACCAUUGUGAAUGGGUCACACUAAACUGCUGGCCAUUGACAAAAUCAACAACACACAUUUGUAUAGAAAGACUGUGAAUGACUCAAUCAACUUCCAUGUUUUUAUAUUUAUAAUUUUGUCUUGGUUGUAUGUUCAGUGUGUAUUGUAUAUGUUCUGAUUUAUGUUCUAUUAUUCAUGUUAUUUUUGUCCUGCAUGUUGGAAAUACUUUACUCUUUUCCUCUAAAAAAUAGUAGUUUGUUCUACUGUCAAUUAAACCUAUAAUUUAGACAUUCGUAUUGAAAGUAUACACUAUUUCUUCUGUAUAGUUGACAAAAAGGGAUUCCAAUUCCUUUAAUAUGUUAGUAUUAUUAUGUCAGUCAUCCAAUUAUUAUGAUGCAAACAUCAUUAUUUUUACAAUUUCCUGUGUGAAAUCAAUUUGUCUAUGUUCAUUUCUCAAAUAAUUCGUUUCUGUUUCAUUACUGUUAAC